AUGGCAACUUCGAAUGUCGCCGAAUUUCGCGCCAAUCGCUCCCCCACACCGAGGACAUGGGACGCCUCAAUUCGCGAAACCCGCCAGCGUGCGUUGAAUAAGUCAAAGCCGGUGCGAAAGUAUACUCCGGGCUACCUGGAUCCGUUGCAAGAACUCAAGACCAUCGGUGCACCAACGGCAGUCUGCCUGGUGUGCUCCAGACUAUGCGUCGAGCCAUUCCACUCGAAACUCGCUCUUAUCUCAACGGAUUGCGCGUCGAAUUGGCGCUCUCGCUUCAGGCGUUACGUCUUUAGGGUAUUGAAGACCGCGCUGGUCAAUAGCUGUGGCGCAAAGAGCAAAAACUCUCGCUGCCCUGGACGGCAUUCCUCCGUCCCCACCUUCCGUGGG